AUGUUUAUGGUACCGGAUAUGAAAGAUAAAUAUGACAAAUAUUGGGGUGACUAUGAUACUAUAAGUGAUUAUGUAUUCUUUGCGACAUUGUUAGAUCCUCAAUGCAAGUCAAAGUUUAUGAAAGUUGUUUUUACCCAAAUGCUUAAAGCCAAGAACAAAGAUAAAAAAAUGUCCGCUGAUGAGAUAGAAUCCAAAGCACGUGCAAAGGUUAUUGAUAUCAAAUGCAAAUUGGACAAGUUUUUCAAGACAUACUUGGAAAGGUCAAACAUGACCUCAUCGUCUCAACAAGAAACUCCCGAAGAAGUUGUUAAUUUUGAUGACGAAAACGAAUUCUUUGGAAGCUAUAUGAAUUCGGGAAGUUUCCCCUCGACUUCGUCAGAAAGUCAAUUGCAACGAUACUUAAACGAGGAUCCAAUCGGAUUUGACAAAGGAUAUGAUAUCCUCACAUGGUGGAAAAAUAAUGCGGUGCGGUUCCCGAUUGUUGCUCGAAUGGCAAGAGAUAUUUUGGGGAUGCAAAUUUCCACCGUAGCAUCCGAAUCCACAUUCAGUAACGGUCGUCGAGUAAUUACCGACUACCGUACUAAUUUGUCCGUUGUGAUUGUGGAGGCAUUGAUAUGCACUCAAGAUUGGCUAAGAAAGAGUAGCUUGCCUAUAUAUGACUACGACGAAGUGCACGAUGUGUUAGAUGACGAUGACCUCGCUAUCGACAUUGUGGAUUUUAUACACAACUUGAAGCUAACGGGGAAAAGAUCGGAGAAUUAGUCAAAAUGUCAAAGAAAUGUUGGAAUCCACAUAUUAGACUUUGUUUUUUUUUUUGUUGGUGAAACUUGGAAGUAUAUUUUGAAUGUCGAAAGUGUAUUUUGAAUGUUGGAUACUUAAUAACAUAACUUUGAUGACAUCCAUGUUUAAUUUGUUUGUAAUAAUUUAAAUAAAAGAUC